ACCCUGGAGGCCGUUCAUUGAUUUUUGUUGGAUUCCUUGCCCCCACACCUUCGGUGACGAAUUGAUUGGUGGAUUUAUUGUUCUCAUUGUUAGACAAUGGAUGGGUGGGUAAGUGAAUAGCUUGGUGGGUGGAUGCAUAGCCGACGGAAUGGAUGGUUGGGUGGGAGUCUGGAAAUGUGGUGGGUGGAUGGCUGGGAGUUUUGAUGCAGGAAAACGUCGUUUUCCAUGGUCAGGCUUGCAAUGUCCAUACCUCUCACAGGCCCCUGUUAACGCUAUCAGACACGUUAACAGCAUACAGGAUCACGUGUGCAUUUACAGCAUGCGUCUGCAGCGGCGACCAACAGAAAAACGUUCGUUGUGAUCGAUGCAAGCUUAACCUUCACCUCACUUGACCUAGAUGACUUGGAAUAACUUGGCAUCGGGUACCAACACAGUGGCUUAUGUUCCAGCAUUCCAUGUGGCAUGCACUGGCACAGCUUCCUACCUUGCUACUCUACAAGCUUAGCUGUGGCUCGGCAAGACUCCCACGAAGAGCCCAAUUUCGCUAGUGGCCACGUGUGGGGGUGACCAACCUAAUGCUGUUUGUGUUGACGUAGUUUGAAAAUGCACGUGGGGUGUGGUGUGAGACCCAUAAUGAUUGGACUUGGGGCGGUGGGGGUUGCAGGCUUGUAUUUUAAUCCAGGCCGGCUAACAAUCCUUACCCGUAACGGUUUAAACUAUACGUGUGGCGACGUUGGUAACGUACCACGCUGCGCCGCUCCUCCGAUUGACUUAAUCCCCUUUCCCCUCCCUCUUAACUUUUCUCCACCGACCGUGGCCGCCGACAAAAAGCGCACGCGGCCCUGUGGACCUUUUGAGGCCGGACGCCCAUCGCUCGCGCUCCGUGCGCUUCGUGCGACGGAGUUGUCUCUCGACAAACGUUGAGGAUGCCGGCGCCGCCAACUUGGAAUGAGACGUGGGCCUUGGAUGUCGAGUCUGUGUUCACGCAGCGGGAGCACAACAUCGUGGCGGCAUACCUCGUCACCGCCGGCAUCAUCAGCAUCGUCAGCAACGUGGUGGUGAUGGGCAUGUUCGCACGGUUCCGCGUGCUCCGCACGCACACGAACUAUAUCAUCAUGAACCUGGCGGUCACCGACAUCGGCGUGAGCUCCGUCGGGUACCCGCUGUCCGCCGCGUCGGACCUCCACGGAUCCUGGCGCUUUGGUUGGACCGGCUGCCAGGUGUAUGCAGCUCUGAACAUCUUUUUCGGGAUGGCAAGUAUUGGGCUUCUCACAGUCGUGGCAGUGGAUCGAUACUUGGUCGUCUGCAGCAAGAACCCAGUCGAGGGCCGCAGCUACACGAACCUCGUGGCGCUGGCGUGGGCCAACGCCGCCUUCUGGGCUGGGGCGCCGCUCCUCGGCUGGGCCGGGUACGCGCCCGACCCCACGGGAGCGACGUGCACCGUCAACUGGAGGCGCAACGAUACCUCGUUUGUGUCGUACACGUUGGCGGUGAUCGCGGUGAACUUUGUGCUGCCGCUGGGGGUGAUGUCGUGGUGCUACCGCAAGGUGAUCCUCGUCCUGCGGCACGAACAGAGGACCUCCUCGCUGGACUGGGCUGAUCAGAGCGCUGUCACCAAGAUGUCGCUGGCGAUGAUCGGCGCCUUCGUCACCGCGUGGUCGCCCUACGCCGUCGUGUGCCUCUGGGCCUCGUUCGGGGAACCUCGUCACAUCCCGCCGGCCGUGGCCAUCAUCGCGCCCCUCUUCGCAAAGUCGUCCACCUUCUACAACCCGCUCAUCUACGUGGCCACCAACAGGCGCUUCCGUAAAGCCAUGGCGUCGCUUCUCCGCUGUCAGAACUAUCAAGAGUUCACUCUGCAAGAAGCCACUAGCAUCAAGACGGUAUCGUGAGCACGCGCCCAGAGCGGGGAGAGAGAGAGACAUUGACGCCGACGCUCACCGACGCCGCCGCCUCUCUCGUCCCACCGCUCCAAACGUUCGGGACGCGCGGCCUCGCAAAAUCGUGGCACCGCGCGGCGUCUGUCCCGAGUAAAAAUAAAUCUCGCGUUGGCGAAUUCAAACACGGAUUGCGUCGCGAAUACUUGACACACCAGCAUUACGGUCCACGGCUCCUCGCUAUAGAUGGGAGUGAAAAAGUAGCGGUACAGGUGACGAUAAUCACAAUGAGCAUAGCAGGUUGUACCAACGUGCUUUUCGGCUUGUCGCCCGACGUUUCCGCUCAACCUGCUGGGAGCUUACUCUCUGGUUCUUUCGGUAAAGUCACGUAGAUAAAAAAUAUUAUAAAAGAACACCACGUCCGUGAUCAGGUGGUGACGGAUGCUUGUGUCGCGACCGAAACGUCACCUGAUGACGGACGCUUGUGUCGCGACCGAAACGUCGUGUUCUUCUAUCUACGUGACUUUACCGAAAGAACCAGAGAGUAUGUAUUCCUGCAGUCACGAAAGCUUCAAAUCAAGAUUAGUGCUGGGAGCUUCUUCAGUUCCUGACAAAGCUCCCAUUACGCGGAGCGAGACGUCGGGCAUCAUGCCGAACGGCGCGCGGUAACAAACCCGUGCAGCGCAACCGCGAAAAACCGACGCAGUGGAGAUUAUCGUCGAGUUUUAACAUUCCUUUACUGGGCAUGACGCAGCGCUUGCGGCCAAGGUUUGGUGGAUCACGGAAGUUUUGCGAAACUCCCAAAGCCGCUGGGCUGCAAGGUGGUAGCUAUGAGGUGGAUGUACAGUGAGGGAAAAAAAAGUAUUUGAUCCCCUGCUGAUUUUGUACGUUUGCCCACUGACAAAGAAAUGAUCAGUCUAUAAUUUUAAUGGUAGGUUUAUUUGAACAGUG